GCCGUAUCUUAACGCUGGUCCAGUCACUCCCAAACGUUAAAACAGGGCGGCCGAAUCACAAAUUACUGCAGCACAGCCAUCGUAGUAUUGCGACUGUAGGUAGUACAUUGUAGUGUUAUAGCCGCCAAGUAAAGGAUUUUUGUUCAAAUAUGCCCGCCGCGGCCGCCGAAUACAUGCCAGUGGCUGCUGAACUAAUGCAGGUUUUAAAUGCCGCUAAUAAAACUCAAUAUUUGGAUGACGGUGUUCAGAAAGUUUGUAAUGAUAUCACAAAUACCACUACCACCGAAGCUGAAUGCGAUUAUAAGAGUGCACCAGAUAGAGCAAAACACGAAGCUUUUGUUCAAGAUGCAGUGCGCGUGAUGCUGGAACAGGCCGUCUUUCGAGGUACUGAUCGUCGGCGUCCGGUACUUGAAUGGAAGAGUCCAGAUGAACUACGCAAAGUAUAUGAUUUCCGUUUACAACGAGUCGGUACCACUCAUGACCAUUUAUUACGUCUCAUUGAGGGUGCUAUCGAGCACAGUGUUAAAACUGGUCAUCCAUAUUUCAUCAAUCAGUUAUUUUCUAGUGUCGAUCCAUAUGGCUUGGUAGGUCAGUGGCUUACAGAUGCUUUGAACCCAAGUGUAUAUACUUUUGAAGUAGCACCAGUAAUGACUAUCAUGGAAGAAACAGUACUGUUGGAAAUGAGGAAAUUUCUUGGAUAUCCGGAUGGUAAGGGCGAUGGUAUAUUCUGUCCUGGUGGUUCUAUUGCUAACGGAUACGCCAUCAACUGCGCCAGAUUUCACGCUUUUCCUGAAGUUAAGUCAAAAGGUAUGCAUGGAUUGCCCAGAUUAGUAGUUUAUACUUCGACAGAUGCUCAUUAUUCCAUAAAAAAAUUAUGUGCCUUUGAAGGUAUCGGUUCAGAAAAUGUGUAUGGAAUUAAGACGGACGCUAAAGGUAAAAUGGACGUUAGUCACUUAAAACAACAAAUUCAAAAAACAUUACAAGAAAAUGCCGUUCCUUUAAUGGUAUCAGCUACAGCAGGUACAACAGUAUUGGGAGCUUUCGAUCCAAUAGCAGAAAUAGCUGAUGUUUGUCACGAGUACGGUAUUUGGUUACAUGUAGACGCAGCUUGGGGAGGUGGGGCCCUAGUGUCCAAGAGACACAGGCAACUUUUGAGUGGUAUUCAUAGAGCCGAUUCCGUCACUUGGAAUCCGCAUAAAAUGUUGACCGCACCUCAACAGUGUUCGACUUUCUUAACUAAACACGAACGAGUACUGACUGAUAGCAACUCCAGUUGUGCUCAGUAUUUAUUCCAAAAGGAUAAAUUUUAUGAUACUUCUUAUGAUACUGGUGAUAAACAUAUUCAAUGUGGACGUCGUGCAGAUGUGUUCAAAUUUUGGUUUAUGUGGAAAGCAAAGGGUACGGAUGGCUUAGAAGCGCAUGUUAAUAAGAACUUUGAAAACGCCAAAUACUUUACAGAUAAAAUUAGGAACAGGCCAGGAUUCCAACUAGUGUUGGAUGAGCCCGAGUAUACCAACGUGACGUUCUGGUACGUUCCACCUAGUCUGAGACAGUCUCAUGAUAACGAUGCAAAUUUUAACAGUAAAUUGCACCAAGUGGCACCUAAGAUCAAAGAAAGAAUGAUGAAGGAAGGCUCUAUGAUGAUCACUUAUCAACCUAUCAAUGAUUUGCCAAAUUUCUUCCGGUUGGUAUUACAAAACUCAUCAUUGACUCAGGAGGAUAUGAACUUUUUCAUCUCUGAAAUUGAACGUCUCGGUUCGGAUUUAUAAAAGGCUUUCACGGUUUGUUCCUAUUUUAUUUCACUGUUUUGUAUAUCAUUUUGUAGUAUUCAGUAUUUUAUUUUAGAUAAGUAACAUAAAAAUUAAAUGAGUUUAAAAAAGCUUGGAAUUAUGUAUAGUAAAUUAUAAUAAUUUUAUUAUAGUAAAUUUUAUUUAAGCGAGCUAAAAUAAUGUCAUGAACAUAAUAAUAGUUAUUAUUUAAUUAUAUCAAUAAAUACUUUUCUGUAUAUAUUGUAUAAUUUAUAUUUGCACGAAAGAAUUAAUAAAUUAUAAUAUAUUUUGUUUUUA